AUGAUAAAAAUCACACGAAUUAAACGAAUUCAAGGAUGGAAAUUGAUUGCAUGGGGAAUUUUGAUUGGUAUUGUUAUUUCAUUGUGUUUAGAAACAAAGGUAAUUGAAAAACAGUUCUUAUAACCUAAUUCGGAAUUCGAAAAUUCAGAUAAUUGAGGAAUCGGCAGAAGAAGAGAUCAAUUUGAAUGAAGAUAACACUUUUGAGCCAAUUAUUUUUCAUUCUGAAGAAAAAUCUCAUUCACAUAAAGGUAUAAAAUUAUUCUAAUAAAAAUGAAAGAAAAUUAAAAUAUUACAGAUGAUCGAAGUAUAGCGGAUGAAAUAUCACAAAAAGUUCGAGUGUUUUGCUGGAUUUUGACAGGAAAACAAAAUCAUGAGAAAAAAGCGAAAUUUGUGAAAGCAACUUGGGCAAAAAGAUGUAACAAGUUAGUUUAUUUUUGAAAAUUUAGAGAUUUAUUUCCAAAAUUUUCAGAUAUGUUUUCAUGUCAUCAGAAGAAGAUGCAUCACUUCCUUCAAUAAAUUUAAAUGUAUCAGAAGGUCGAGAUUAUUUAUGGGCAAAAACAAAAGGAGCUUUCACUUGGAUAUAUAAUAAUCAUUUAAAUGAUUAUGAUUGGUUUUUAAAAGCAGAUGAUGACACUUAUGUUGUUAUGGAAAAUUUGAGAUUUAUGCUUUUAUCACAUUCUCCUGAAGAACCUGUACAUUUUGGAUGUAAAUUCAAACCAUUUACAAAAGGAGGAUAUCAUAGUGGAGGAGCUGGAUAUGUUCUAAGUCGAGCUGCUCUCAAAAAGUCUGUAAUUUUCUUUAAAUUCAUCUGUUAAAUUUUUUUUGAAAAAUCGAAUUCAGACUGGUAGAAGUUGCACUUCCGAAUGAAACCUUAUGUGAACAAAAUCAUGAUGGAUCUGAAGAUGUCGAGAUUGCAAAAUGUUUGGAGAAAGUAGGUGUAAGAGCUGGUGAUUCAAGAGAUUCUGAGGAAAGACACCGAUUUUUCCCAUCAUCUCCCGAAUAUUUUUUGAAACCCGAACCUAUUGAUCCAAAAUUCUGGCUUUCCAAUUACAUGUAUUAUCCAUAUCAAAGAGGACCUUCGUGUUGCUCAGGUUAGUGAUAAAACAUUUCUCGAAAUUUAAUAUAAUUAUUUUUAGAUCAUGCAAUAUCGUUUCAUUAUGUAAAAGCUGAAACAAUGUAUUUAUUUGAAUAUUUGAUAUAUCACGUAAGACCAUUUGGAAUUCAAAAACGUCUGAAAGUUUCACAAAACGAAACGAUUUUACAAUCCUCUCGUAUUGAAUCCAAAUCAGAACAAGGACCUGAUGAUGUUUUUUAA